ACCAGAAAUAAAAACUUGGAGGACUAUAUUUGCCCAGUAUACUUCGUACAAAGGAUGAAACAAUACGAACUCUUCAAUUCAAAGACCAUUUGCCUAAAAAAAAAAAAAAAAAAAAAACUCACCCAAAGUUGUGGAACAAAAUCCCGUCCUAGGAGAGAAAAGUCAAAAGAGUUUAGAGGAGUGGUAAUUCUUUGUCUUUCUUUAAUUCUUCUCUCCAACUUGUUCAUUUUAUACAAAAAAUAAAAAAACACUUUGUUUCUUUUUCUUGUUUUUGGAUUUGAUCGAAUCAAGAACUGGACUUGGGGGUAUAAAUAAAAUUUAUAUCUAUAUGGAGAGAAUAAUUGGAGAGAAGUAUAAGUUGGGUAAGAAGAUUGGCAGCGGAUCUUUUGGUGUUAUAUAUCUAGCUACCCACAUUGAAACUUUUGAGAUUGUUGCUGUUAAAAUUGAAAAUAGGCAGACAAGACACCCUCAGUUGCUUUAUGAGGCAAAGCUGUACACUAUACUUCAGGGAGGAAAUGGUAUUCCUAACAUAAAAUGGCGUGGAGUUGAUGGGAAUGACAGCGUCCUCAUUAUUGACUUGCUUGGUCCCAGUCUUGAAGACCUCGUUGUACACUGUGGGAGGAAAUUCUCGCUGAAAACAGUCCUAAUGUUGGCUGAUCAGAUGAUUGCGAGAAUAGAGUAUUUGCAUACAAAAGGAUUUCUACAUAGAGACAUAAAACCAGAUAACUUUCUCAUGGGUCUUGGCAGGAAGGCAAAUCAGGUCUACGUUAUUGAUUUUGGACUUGCAAAAAGAUAUCGUGACCCUAUCUCAAACCGUCAUAUUCCUUACAGAGAGAACAAGAACUUGACAGGGACAGCAAGGUAUGCUAGUUGCAAUACACAUUUGGGAAUAGAGCAAAGCCGGAGGGAUGAUCUGGAAUCUCUUGGCUAUGUUCUUUUAUAUUUCUUGAGAGGCAGCCUUCCAUGGCAGGGUCUAAAAGCUGAUACAAAAAAGCAAAAAUAUGACAAGAUCCGUGAGAAAAAAGUGUCAACAACAAUUGAGGUUUUAUGCAAAUCUCUUCCAGUGGAGUUUGCUUCAUACUUGCAUUAUUGUCACUCUUUAACAUUUGACCAGCGCCCUGAUUAUGGAUUCCUGAAACGCUUGUUUCGUGACUUAUUUACACGUGAAGGGUAUAAAAUGGAUUAUAUGUUUGACUGGACCAUCUUGAAAUAUCAGCAGACACAGAGGUCAAAGUCGCAGCUAGAACUACCUAGUCUGCAUCCACUUUCUGUAACGAUGGGUACUGGGGCAUUGCCAAAAGUUUUAAAUAAGCAAGGAGGUAAUACUGCCACACUUUUAGCUGAAGCUACAAAACAGAAGGUAUCAGGUAAUUUUGUACAUGGUGAUGGAUCAGCAACCAAUCUAAAACCUGAUAAUCAUACUGGCAAAAAUAUAAUAACUGAUGCUUCUGUUCCCUCUACGUCAUUGGCUGAUGCCUUCAAGAGAAGCUUCCCGAAACAUGAAGAUUCUUUUGAAGUUGGAAAUGUAGGUCAUGCACACAGUGCAAAAGCUGGUGCUUCAAGCAGCAAACUCAAUUUCUUAAGCAGGAUUUCUUCCAAGUGAACUGGAGCUCAAGUGCCUGAAAGCUCGAAUCUGAUAUAGAGCAUUUCAGACAUCUAUAUGUCAUGAACUUGAUGAUGAAGCCUGCCUUUGGUGUUGAAGUUCGAAUGGGGCACCAUCAUGGCUCUUAUAAUAAAACAACCUUGCAUUUGUUUAUAAUCCUAUACUUGCUGCAGAGAUGAUGGAAUUCUGUAACCUGGAGUCAGAGGUACCGUGUGAUUAGAGCCAUAGUUUUUCUGCUCCUCUUUUUAUUUUGUCUAAUCAAGUUUUGAAAACAAUCUUCAUACUACUCCAUGAUGGUCAUUUUCGCUUCAACAAGGCUUUACCUGUAUUUAGCUCAAGAACAUCUUUUCAUCUCUGUAUUUCUCCUCUUUAAAAGUGUAUGAGACAAAGAAGUCAUUGUAAUUUUGUUCAUGUUCUGUCAAGAGACUAGUUUGUUGAAUUUGCUGAAGCAGAACUGAACUUAAACAAAUCAAGAGGCUUUCCUUAUGUCUAUGAAACAGGUGAUGUAUUUUAGAGG